AUGGAUGGCAGGAGAGAAAACUGGAAAGAGAAUAUGUUUUCUCCUACUUUUAGUGCUUAUGAUGUUCUAAAGGAGGUUUUACAGCCUGAAUCUCUUCCUGAACAAAUGACUUUUGGGAAGGCCAAAACAAUGGGAGAAAUUUACAACAUGUCUAGUAGAAAGUUUCAAGAAGAGAAUAAAUUUCAGAGGAAAGAAUUUAUUCCCCAACCAAAUGAAAAAGAACAAGAACCAAAUUUGAGAGAGAGAAAGAUGAAUAUUUCAGAGAAUGAAGAGGACACAAACUCUGUCUUCGGUGAAUCCUCUAAUUUGGAUGUUAGAGGAAAUGUAAAAUGUGGCUGGCAAUUAGCAUCACCAUCUGACGAAAGCUUUACUAGCUCAGAAGAGUACUGCAUCUGGGAUAAAGAAGAAUAUCUAUCUCAACGGCGACAAAACAACAAGCAGAAAUAUACUAAGUCUCAAGAUGAUAGCCUGAAUGUUUUGAAUGAACUGGAAGAGCUCGAUAUGAAAUGCAGAAAAAUAGAAGAGGAAUUUGAAAAUGCUGAAAAACAACUUGUGAAGGCCAAAAAGGAAGUCUUCCCCCAAACCCUAAAUUUUCAAGAAACAGGGGCAGAAACUUUGAAAAAAGACUGGGAACUUCAAGCUUUAAGAAAUGACCUAUGUGAAAAAACAACAAAUGUCAAAAACUUAACUGAAGAGCUCCAGCAAGCCAGAGAAGUCAUCCACAAGUUGAGCCUAGAAAACCAAGACUUAAAAGAAACUGUAAGGAAGUUAAAACAUCAAACUGAAGUUGGAAAUGCACUCCUAAAGAAAGAAAUAAAAUUGCAUUAUGAAUUAGAAGUGGAAAAGAUCCAUGGAGAUCUUGAUGCCAUCAAGAAUGAACUAAGAAUUGAGAAGGCCUUGCAAGCGAGAAAUAACAGAGUCCUGGAAUUGCUUACAAAACACCUUUCUUCUGUACUAUCAAGUACCCCUGACAGCUUUACAGGGGAUUGUUGAUAAAACUUAAAAAAUUAAAAAGCCUUUAAUUAGGCAAGCCAUUGAACCAAAUCCGUGUUUUUUGUGCUUUCUUUGUAUAUUUCUUAAAAUGUG